UUUAACUCCUGUCACAGCUAAUUCCGAUAACUUCCAGACUUUCCUCUAUAAUCUGUUAGAAUAUCGACCUGCAGGCAUCGCGUGGCAUGGUUCCAUAGACGAUAUGACGUAUAUGAUGAUUGAACGAGACGAAUAAUCCAGUCGUAAGGUACACGGCGUGUUACGGAUAUUGUUCACGAGUUGGGAUAAAUAGAGGGAAACUUGAAAUCCUGUGUAAAGAAUUCAAUUGUGUAAAAUGUUUUCUCUGAGAUUAGCUAUGCUGUUUGUGCUGUUAGUAGUUGAAACGUCAUCAAAUCAGGCCCUCGAUGAACGAAUAUCGUGGAAGGAGUGGUGGUCGUAUGAAGGUCCUUCGGGACCAACAAGAUGGGGAGGUAUAGAAGACAGCUGGAAGAUAUGUACAAAGGGCAUGUACCAAUCGCCAAUCAACAUUUUACCUGAGAAACUCUUGUUUGAUCCAAACUUAAUGAGACUCAACCUUGAUGCCAGAAAACAGAUCCCCGGGAACCUUAUAAAUACAGGUCACGAUCUGACCUUCUUACUGGAUGACGUCAUGUUCGGUCUGUUUAAUAUCAGUGAUGGACCUUUAAUGUACAACUAUCAAGUCAACGAGAUUAAAAUACAUUACGGUAGAGAUGACGAACGAGGAUCUGAACAUAUGGUAGAUGGAGCAACAUUCGCUGCAGAGAUACAGUUUAUAGCCUAUAAUAUAGAUUUAUAUAAGAAUAUAAGUGAAGCUAGAAUACAACCAUAUGGUACAACCAUAUUAGCUGUUUUUGCCGAGAUUGGUCUUCCUGAAAGUUCAACGUUUCAAACUUUAGUCAACUACGCAACACGAAUCAGAUAUAAAGGGCAAUCAAUUCGUAUAGAAGCCCUUAAUAUCAAGGAUCUCCUACCUAGAAGCAAUUAUUACGUCACAUACGAAGGUUCUUUUACACAACCUGGUUGUCAAGAAACAGUUACCUGGAUAAUCCCGAAUAAACCUAUUUAUAUUUCUAAAGCUAAUUUAAUAUCUCUACGUAAUUUAUAUCAGAGUAGUUCUGAUUUGCCAGUCUUUAAAUUAGACAAUAGUAGAAGAUCCGUUAUGCCAUUAAAUAAUAGAGUUGUGAAAACCAAUAUAAAUUAUCCAGGCAGGGGUGACCUGUGUAGUAUGUCUAAAGAAACAUUUUACGAAGUUAAUCCAGCGAUGAGAGUAUAAUAUCCACAGACCAGUUUUCUUCUCUUAUUCCACUUUUAUUAUUUUUUACAAUUUUUUUUUUUCGUAAUAAAAUUUGUUUUUAA